AUGUCUUUUAGGUUUUUCACUCCGAUCGCCGUUUAGCCAAUUUUGACCUCUUCCUUUUCUGCAUAAAAGAGCAACUCCCUUCAUAUGGAGGACACGGGGAACAUUCCCUACUUUAAGGGUCAGCAUGAAUACAAGGGAAUAGUGUAUCCCAACAUCGUCCUAGAUUCCAGUAUUGAUCGACUUAAGUCUUUUCAAGUACGAGACGAUGACAUCUGGAUUGUGACUUUUCCCAAAGCCGGUACACAUUGGAUGAUGGAGAUUAUUGGCCUUAUCCUCAGCGGUGGUGACCCAGACAAAAUAGACCGAUCUCUAUACUGCAAUACUGUAGAGAUGAUCAACUUAGAUCAACGUUUCCCCCAAACCAAGGAAGAAGAGAAGCUUCACCCUCUUGACAUGUCCCCGUUCUUAGACGUUAUCGAGAGGGCGCCCUCCCCAAGAGCCAUGCUCACGCAUCUGCAGUUUGAUCUUUUACCACGUGACAUCCUCAAAUCUAAGAUCGUCUACCUUGCCCGAAAUCCCAAGGAUUUGAUAGUAUCAUGGUUCCAAUUCUUCGGGAAGUUUCCAGAAAGGCCACUGACCAUGGAAAAGGCGAUUGAAGAGUUUGUCGAUGGCAAAAUGCAAUGGGGACCAUGGCCAGUACAUGUUCGUACGUUCUGGGAGCUUAAAGAUCACGAGAAUGUCACUUUUAUUUUCUAUGAGGAUUUGAAGAAGGAACCAGCAAAAUACAUUGAGAAAAUCGCCAAUGGCAUUGGUCACCCUCUGUCGGAGGAGGUUCUACAGAGAGUGGUAAAGUUUAGCCAUAUUGACUCGCAGAAAGCUACUUUCAAGAAAUUGGAGGAAAAUGGAAAAGUCAACUACGUAAAAGCUUCAGGCGAAUUAGCUUUCCUAAAUAAAGGAGUGAGUUAUCGUUGGAAGCAAUUCUUCACUGUAGCACAGAACGAGGCCUUCGACGAAUGGUAUCAAGAUAAGAUGGCGGACACCGAUCUCAAGUUUACAUUCGAGUGAAUAAACGCAGACCUCAUUCCCGGCGUAGAUACCAUUAUUAAAGGAAUCUAAUGAAUCUGGAACUUAAGUUCGAAACAAUUUAUUCAGGGCUAUUUUUCAUAAAACCCGUUUUUGGUUACACGUCUUUCGAUAACAUUUCGACCGCACAAUCAUUACCUCUACCUCCGCCAACCAGAGACUUUAAAACCUUUUCUUGUUACCAACGAAAUUUCGAAUCGUUCCAAAACAAGAUUCCGGAAAAAAGGCGGCACUGAGUUAUAAAAGGCCUGGUCACAGCAACAAAACUUAGCUGGAGCAUUCCUGGAGCGGUGAAAAAAAAAUCAUCACCGCUCGUUACCGUUCACCACCGUUUAGCAGAAGUUGGCUCCCGUGGAGGCAACGUCGUAUAUGCUCGGCCACCGUUGAUAGUCCCUCUUAUCGCUCCGAAAGUUUAGAACUGCACAAAAUAUUGCGAGAGGUGAGGAGCGGGCAAUUUUCCGCUCCGGCAAAGUUCACUACAGCUCCAACAACGCCCAGUCAAAAUUUGGCACCGCUAGACGCAAGUUCGUGGACGCUUGGGUUCGUGAGGCCAACGCAGAAAUCUUGAACGCUAGACCACCGCUGCUUCGCCAGCUUUUCCUGGGCGUUGAUUAAACGUUGCACAAACUUUGGAGGAGCGGUUGUAAGCGUUUUACGAUCGGACAUGAGAUUGCUGGAACUGUGUCGGGCGUUGAAGCAGCGAUCCAUUGCCGUGAUGACUGGUUUGGCGUUGGUAUGGAGGUGUCGGCAUUUUGCUAUAAAUACGGGGAGAAAUCGACCAGGAACCCAUUUGGAAUCUAUCAGAACUUCUAUCGAGGCGAUCCGUUCAGCUCCGUAGUCAAAAGCGGUAUAUGCCGCUAAACCAACCUUAAACCCCCGCCGAGCCAACCCCGCAUGCGCAGAACGCCGCUCUAUCAACGCUCGCGUCACCGCUAAACCAAGGGUCGCUACCGUUAAACCAACGCUAAAGCAACGCCGGCUUCAGCGGUGCUCCGCUAAAGCAACGCCCGUGCCCCCCCCCCCCCCCAUUUGUGCUCGGUGACGAGAGUUGUCGAAAUUCACCCCCUCUCCCUACCGUUAAAGGAACGCUCCAACAAAGCUCGGGCGAUGUGACCAGGCCUUAAGGGAUGAAUCAUUAUCCCAUUAAAAUGGGUCUUUUUAUUUGCCUGCAGUGUCUAGUUAAUGGAGUUUGUUGUUAUUAGAGCCACGUAGUGUACCAUAGGUUCAAAAAGUUGCAUUUUCGCGGCCAUCUUGGAAUUUUCAUGAAAUUCAAUUAUUUCCACAUUCUUACGAAAAACGGGUCGGGCACUUUUGAUAGACCCGAGUGGAGUAGGCUUUGUUUCAGAAUUUGUCUACUUGUAGAUAAUGGUUGCAAUAAAUUUCUACUAAUAAACUAAAAAGUCAGAGUGACAGAUGUAUUUAUUAAACUUUGUCCAUUUACUGGGGCAAAAAUAGGAACGUAAUUGUUUGUUUUAAAGAAAAAUCCAAGAUGACCUACAAAACUGGUAUACAAUUUGGCGAUUGGAACUCAAAAAUUCAGUAACUAUAGACUUGAUUUGAUUUAUUGAUUUCCGUUUCACAAUUGUACAUAAUAUGAUAAAUAUAACAUAACAAGGUCGAAAAUACUUCAGGCAGUGCAAAAUACUUUGUUAAGAAAUAUUCUCCAAUGGUGAACGGAUACCUCCAAUUUCUGGCUUGACUUGUCAGCCUAUAUCCAUAAUCGUGCCCCAGUGAUUUAUGUCUAUUCUUGAUUAUUAUAAAAUUUUGUAAAAUUUUUCCUUUGGUUAAAUCUUGGUGACAGCGCAGAUUUCAUUCCAAUGAAGGAUUACGUACUUGUACUUGCCAUUUCCUUAAACAAUUUGUAGGAGUGUCUCUAAUCAUGAUUAUGUAAAAUAAAGCGAUGAUGAUGUGUCUAAAUGGCGAUUUGCUGUAUGCGAAAAUGCAGUGGCAGGAAAUUUCAUUUCGAAAACAAUCAUUUCAUUUCAUUUAUUGGUUUUUGCAACAUUUUUCAUAACAAAGUUCUGGACAAGAAAAUACAUAUCUGAAACUUGACAUCAAGAUAAUGAACAAUAGUUUUGUAUAUAAAUCCUCAAACAUAUCUUACAUAAAUGAAAAUCAUUAAGUGGUAUUUUCUGUUACACAAUAAAUAGGAUGGUUGCAAGGGUCGUCACAAAAGCAAAGCUGGAAAACGUAACAACCCUGGAAUAUAGCCAAAAUAAUUAAUAUAUAUUGUCAUUAAACGUGCAGGUGCAUGAGGGACUGGGGGGGGGAGGGAGAUGCUUGGUCCUUAGCAUGGAAUUUUAGAAAAUAACACGUUUUGUUGUUAGAUUUUAAUUUAUACAUGUUCUAGAUAAACGUCAAUGUCUAAUUAAAAUAAUGAUAACAAUGGCAAUGAUUUUCUUUUUUUAAUUUGUUAGGUAUUGGUUUAAUUGCAUUUCUUUUAUUGUUCGUUUAAAGCAAUAAAAUGAUCUUGUCAGCUUGAGUGAAUCUGGCAAUGCAUUCCAAA